AUGAUAUUGCGUCCGCGAAAGGCCAUGACCAGCGGCGGUCCACCCCGCCAAGAUGACAGUAUACCACCCAACAGCGAGACCCUCAAGUACAAGCCCGAGGAGGAUGAUGAAGAUGUGGUGGAUGACGUACAAGACUCUGAUGAAGACAUGGAAGACUAUGACGAGGAGAGCGAGAAGGAUGAGGGAUCUUUGUAUGCACCGACUGAGGCCACAAGUGAGCUUGGUAGGGAAGAACCCGAGGAAAAUAAGGGCUUGAUGGAGAUGCCACCCAUAGAUCCCUGCAAGUUUCUAGUGCUACUGCCGAGAGAGCUCCGAGAUAAGAUUUACGGAUUUGUUCUGAAACUGGACACCCCCAUUUCAGACCACAAACUCAAGUUCAAAUGCAUGUCCUGUCCCAGCUUGACGAGAACGGCGAAUGAACCCACCUGGCAGUCGCAGAUUUAUAAAGCUCGUAACCUUCUCAGGACAUGCCACCAGAUCCGUGACGAAGGAAAACAGGUUUUCUACGAGGUCAACUCUUGGAGCUUGCACCGGGCAAGGUUGAGAGAGACUCCACCAGCCCACUCGUCUGCCACGGUCCAGGACACGCAAAGGCUAUUUGACCGAAUACGUCAAACCAAGGCAAUGAAGCACUUCAAGCACGUCAACAUGCGAAUUUCUCUAUCUCCUCUGGCUUACUGCGACUUCACUGUUCCCGAUAGUGUCGCGUUGGACGACGCAGUUGCCAUCCAUCUCUUCGAGCUUUCCCAGCAUCCUAGCGUCAUUGCUUUUCAUAAGCUGGACGAAACGGCACAAUGCGAGCUGUUCAGGGCAGCAUUCAAUGGUCUUGUGGCGAACCGGGCUUGUGUUUUUCCAGAUUUGAGAUCAAUAGCAUUGGAAGUGAGCUUGCAUGCAAAGAAACUGAUUCCAGACACACCCAACAACCCGUUGGAUCGUUGCGGCAUCACCUUCUAUGUCAGGAUCAAGCUUGGGUGCGAGAGCCGCGCAACACCUACGUACCAGCGCAAUGCGUCACUGCCGAGUUUGACAACAGGCAGCGUCACACACGACCCUUGUUUGCCACAGCGUGCCAAGUACGAAGCGCACAACCAGAGCCCGCAUCCUCGCAUCAUGAACAAUCCCUGGAGAGCGCUUCUCUUGGACCCCAGAAGACAUAUGCUCAGUCCACUCAAACAGCUCCUUGACGUCCAAAGCGUCGAAGUGGAGCGACGUUGGAUUGUUCGUUACCGCCAACAACGUAUUGAGGAUGGAAAUAUCGUUCUAUGCGCUCAGCCGCUGCGGCAAUUGUGGCGCUUCCGCACUGUGGGUGAAAUGCUGGAGAAAGCAGGCCCUGGCUUUGGUGAAUUUCUGGACCCGGCUUUGGAAUAUCUGAACACAUCCGGCAAGGACGUCGUUGAAAUCAUUGAAAACACAGCUGAAGACAUCGAAUACCACCUCAUUCUAUAG